AUGUCCGAUAUCACGAGGGAAGAUCUGAUGCAAGUCCCGCUUGACCAGAAGCUUCAGUCGGAAGCGCAGUGGAGGGUCUGGAUAGGCCAUAUCAAAUCAGCGGCUGUUGCAGAAGAUGUGUGGGAUUACCUUGAUCCUGAGAAGGCGGAUGACGAAGUUCUGCAGGUGCCUGAGGCUCAGGAAGAGCCCUCGUUACCCCGGGAUAACCGCCAGCGGGAGAGAGAUAUCAUGGACCUAGAAGAUGCGGAGCUCAAGAGAUACACGUUCACUGUUCAAGCCCUCAUCACCCGUUCGUUAGCCACGGAUCAUCACUACCUCGUCGUGGGCGAGGAUUCACCGCGGAAGAAGUUGAUGAAGCUAUCCGAAACGUUUAAACCAAAGCCUCAGAAUCGCCAGCAGCAACUUCGUCGUGCUUGGAGAGAGAUGAUCAGGCAGAGGCCUCAAGGGGAUACUAACCACUGGUUGACCCAGUGGGUUAGCCUAUUCGAAGAAGGCAAGAUCGCGGGUAUACCUGACUGCUCUAACGGAGACCAUUUCGCGAUACGAGACUUCUUGGACGCUAUACAACCGGUUGAUGAUACUUGGUGCACAGCCUGGCGCGAAAAGCUCGCAGAUCAGGAGAAAUCUGUCACGUUUCAUGAGGUUAUAGCUAGCUACCGUAGCCGCCGGGGUGAUCUCGCGAUCUCCGGGGGACGGAAGCAGCCAAAGAUAGCUCUGGCUUCGUUAAACGGUGAACCGGAGGCUAAGCCCGCGGAGAGGACCUACCGGAAGAAAUGCCCGUGCGGUAACGCUCAUCCUCAGCACCAGUACUCUACGUGCUUCUACCUCAAUGAAUCACUUCGACCGGAGGGCUGGAAGCCACGGGAGGCAGAAGAAGGCUGA